CGCGCCCCCGCUGCCACCCCCGAAGAUGCUGCUAGGUGACUCCUGUGUGCCACGAGCUUACUUUUACCUUAAGUAAUAUUACUAGUGCUACGGCGCUAUAUUCAAUCAUGGCUGACAAUGGUAAUAAGCAACAAUUCAACAAUGUUUUACCCGUAUUGUCUUCCGUUAUUCCCAAUACUAAGCGAAUACAAUUGGAGCGUAGCUCUAGCAGCAUUCAAUUUCCAGUCUCGGCACUAUCACUCGGCCAUAAAUCCAAAACUUCGUCAUCGCUAUUGUUGAACCAAUGCCUCGGCAGCAGUACGAAUCGUCGAAUAUCAAUGCCCGAAUACGACGAGCCAACAUGGAGCCAAGACGAUCGCUGUAUGGAAUAUGGUAAACCUCCGCCUAUCGAGGAACCCCAUUGCUAUUCUAUGUGCUUAAGCGAAAGCUCCUUCUCCGACGACAAUUCAUGCUCUAUUCAAAUAAGCAAAGAUUAUCUUAAGACAUUAAUCAUGGAUCAUGCGAGGACUUUGGGCUGUAGGAUGCAUGUGUUGGAAGAGUUGGAUAGUCGAAAAAUUGAUGUUGCCAGUCUAGAAAAAUAUCUGGAACAUUGCAAAAAGCCCCAUGAAAUAAAUGCAUUACUAUUGUAUGUAAGCCUUCUCGGGUAUGGAGAGCUCAUACCGAUCAUUCAUAGUACCGGCGCUGAUCUAAAUCACACAGAACCAGAAUUGGGAAUGUCGGCCUUACACCUGUGCGCAUUCAGCAACUGUCUAAUCGGCGUUCGCUAUCUCCUCGACAAUGGCAUAAUUAGCUCUCAAUGUUCAAAUUAUCAAAUCAAAAUUAGCUCUAAAAAAUCUUAUACCCCGUAUCACUUUGCUGCUUAUGGCAAUGCUUUCGACGUCGUUAAAUGCUUUAUGCAAUUAGGAUGGAGCCAAGAGUAUCCGUUAGGCGAGGAGACUGUUCUUCAUGCCGCGGCAAGGCACAAUUCCCUCGACGUAUUGCGAUUGCUUGCACCUAAGAAUUCCACUAUAAAUCGCCUAGAUAAUACCGGUCAUGCGGCGAUUCACUAUAUAGCUGAACGCAGUGACUCGGCUUGCCUUAAGAUUUUACUAUUAGCCGGAUGUUUGGUGGACAUAUCAACGCGAAAGGGCGAUACAGCCUUGCAUCUGUCAGCCGAAGCCGGUUGCGCUAAGAACGUCGAACUCUUAUUAACUAAAGGCGCCAAUCCCUCCAUGAAGAACAAAAGAGGACAGACGCCCCUUCAUCUUGCUGCUAGAAUGCAUUAUUUGGAAUGCGUGGAGGCACUGUUGCAACACAGCGCGAGCGAUCCUAAUAUCGAGGAUCACGAUGGUAGAACGGCAUUGCACGUGGCAUUGGGGCGAUCGCUUCUCGCCUACGAUGUUGCCGAAAUACUAAUUAAUUGGAAAGCCGAUGUAAACAAGGCCGAUAAAUACGGCUACACGCCCUUGCACGUAGCUGCAUUAAACGAAUUAUCACAAUGCGUCGAUGUAUUGAUACAGUAUGGAGCUGAUCUUAGCGCGAGGACCAAAGGUGGAACGAGUGCCUUAUCGAUUAUACUUAGGAAAACUCCAUCGUCGUUAAAUUGCUUUAAGCAAAGGCUCGACGCCUCCAUGAGUCUCCAUCAACAUGGAUCUGCGGCCGGUGAGGUCGAGCUUAGACUCGAUUUUCAUCCACUGCUACAGCACCAGCAACAAGGCGAAAUAGGAUAUUUAGGAACGUUCGUCAAAGAAAGUUACAAAGAAAUACUGGAGCAUCCGCUCUGCCAAUCCUUUCUACAUCUUAAAUGGCAAAAAAUUCGAAAAUAUUACGUAGGCAGGCUUCUCUUUUAUCUCCUCUAUGUACUCGUACUCACGGCUUGGGUAAUAACGGCAUUGGCACACAACUGUUACAACGAAUCGCACGGUCAGCUCGACAAUUCGAGUAAACCGCUCUGUGCCAAUUCCACUGGAUUAAAUGGAUUCCUUUACAGGCACCCGGUCAUAUUGGAAUUGGAAUGGUACGCGCUCGUUGUACUCACUGUCCUCGAAGGCUUACGCAAGCUAAUGGGUAUCCUCACUUAUUCGAGCGUUCGGCAAUUUUUCACCCAAGCUGAAAAUAUUGUCGAGUGGUGCGUUAUCGUUAGCGUGUUCGCUACGUCGUUUGUAUUCACCGGUAGGACCUACACCUGGCAAAGUCACGUGGGCGCAUUUGCCGUCCUCUGCGGCUGGAGCAAUCUUAUGCUCAUGAUCGGUCAGCUUCCAAUGUUCGGCGCUUACGUAGCCAUGUUCACAAGUGUGCAGGCCCAAGUGUUCAAAUUGCUUUUGGCUUACGCCUGCUUGCUGGUCGGCUUCACCGCAAGUUUCUGCGUUAUAUUUCCACGGUCUAAGUCGUUCAGUAGCCCGCAUACCGGAUUAAUCAAAGUCUUGGUCAUGAUGACCGGUGAAUUGGAUUUUGAAGAAUUGUUUUUCCCUGGGGAGGAAGAGGGUGGCAGACCCGUCGACGUAGGGGGUACGUCGUGGAUUCUCCUUCAAGUGUCGGCUCAAUUGUCGUUUGUGCUUUUCUUACUUUUCGUCACAAUCGUUUUGAUGAAUCUCUUAGUGGGUAUAGCCGUGCAUGACAUUAAGGGGCUCCAGAAGACUGCUGGGCUUGCAAAACUCGUUCGACAGACAAAGCUUAUCUGUGACCUUGAGACAGCUCUUUUCCUCGGCAUCCUACCACAAUGUCUCAUGAAAAUUCUGCGAUGGACAGCUCUUGUCUUACCAUCGCCUCUUAAGGCCGUGUUAACUGUAAGACCGUUAAAUCCACGCGAAAAGCGAUUACCACGUGAUGUUCUUACUUGUGCUUAUAAGAUAGCAAAAGAGCGCAAAGAUAACGAUAUUGCAACAUCUUCGAACAAGCCUAACAAUUGCACGAGCUAUGGUUAUCGUAAACUGGAAUUAAAUUCAAAUGUAAAUCAUGGAGGUGUUGAGGACGUCGCAACAUUGGAAGAGGCUGCAAAGUUAAACGAUGAAGUCGCAGAAUUGAGGAAAAUCUGUGAAACCAAUAAUAAACUUAUACAUGAAUUAAUAAAAACUUUUACUGUUACUAAAUGAUCUUGGAUAUGUUUGGUUUCUUAAAGGAACAUUUAGUUGUACAAAGAUAUCGUUAAAAUUCCUUAAAGUUAUUUUUUGCAUUAUCUUAAUUUCAAUAAUAACAGCAGAUUUAUCCCAUGGAAAUGGAUGGAUAUG